UACGGGCGCUGAAGCAUGGGACGAACAAUUACAGGGAUUUAUAGCAGCAGGAUUAAUAUUCAAUAUCUUCCAUAAAGUCAUGAUGAUACAAACUGGUACAGUAAGUGGUGUUGUGCACCUUAAACAUCGUUAUUACACAAAUAAAACCAAAGGAGCAGUGUUUUGUGCAUUUGAUAACGCAGAUUAUAUCCGCAAGCAAAUUGAUACGUUAGCCAAAUUAGAUUGCGGAAUGUUUUGACCUUUUUAGGACAAAUUGUUCAUUAUUACUGUGACUUACAAAUAUUUCGAUGGUGUGGGUCGACAUUCUUCAUUCUCAUAAAGAAGAAUUAUCUGCUGAGAGGUUCUAAGCCACAAGGCGAGAGAAUGAUCAAGUGGCCAAUCAGUUUUAGCUCUAUCAAAGUGCAUGCACUUCACUUCAUAGCAUUUCCCAAAUCUCAGCGCAUACACACAUAACAUUCUGAACAUGGUUUGAUCUGGAUUGCUGCAACUCCAAGAUUGAAGUAACAGACUGUAAACCUAUUUUUUUCUUUUGGGAUUUGGAUGCAUGGUUGAUGCCCUGUGUUGGGCCUGCAAAGAGAUGAGUGACAGCGAUGAUGACGUGCCGCGGCUGUCUGCGGACACGCUGGCUGCACUGCAGGAGUUCUACAACGAGACAUCCCACCCCGACGCCCCCACUGCUGCCUCUGCAGACAAAUUCUCUGUGGGAGCAGUAGGAGAGGACUGGGGUAUGAGUCAGUUCUGGUAUGACGAUGUAACUGCCACCCGGUUGGCUGAGGAGGUGGUCCAAGAGGCGGGAGAUGGUGGGCGGAUAGCGUGCGUGAGCGCCCCCAGUGUGUACCAGAAGCUGAAGCAGGGACUCGUCGAGGGUUCUGACCGGAUCUCGGCCGUGUUGCUAGAGUACGACCGGCGCUUCGCCGCCUACGGCGAUGACUUCCUCUUCUACGACUACAACCAUCCGCUGGCACUGCCCGCGGCCCUGCAGGGGGCCUUCGACAUUGUGCUGGUGGACCCCCCCUACCUCGCCCUCGAGUGUCUCUCGAAGGUCACCCAGACGGUGAAGUACCUGAGCAAGGGAAAGGUGCUGCUCUGCACAGGAGCCAUCAUGGAGGAGCACGCCGAAGAGCUUCUGGGACUGAGGAGGUGCGGCUUCCUCCCCAAACACAACAAGAACCUGGCCAACGAGUUCCGCUGCUUCACCAGCUACGACUCCCGCCUCCUCUCGUGCUGAGCCAGGGGGGGGGGGGUCAGCCUCUGUCCUCACUCUAUCCUUUCCUGGGUCAGGCGGUUUCUGACGGUAUAGCCCCCCGAUUGGUUUGGGGGAGCGUGACACCAUGAAACCCGAGCGAUCGUCGACCGUCGAAGGCUGAAAAGUUACCUGCGCGGACUGCGCCUUGACCCAUGAAAGAAAUGCAGAACAGAAUGGAAAGUUCUCUAGUUUCUGAAUCGAUCGGUGAUCAGAGUCUCUGCGUUCCACCAGGGAGGCUGGUCGCUCCCCUUCCUAGGACUGUAACGUACCGAAGGUUGCCACACAGAACAACCAACAGACUGAAAGACACUAAAAGAUCUUCUGACACAAUAUUGAUUCAAUAAAGUGAUUUUAAUAAAAGUCUCA